GGGAAGAGCAACCCCUGACCAGACUCUCUCUACAGCACCCCAUGUGUUCCAGAUGAGUACUAGCGCUGCCCCACCCAGAAGGACUUUGGUUGAGAGGGGGGCAGAGGCAAUGCCAAUUCCAACAGGGGCAGGUAAUGAAAUGCUGGAAACUGUUUUGACCCACAAACAACUUUUAGCAACAUACUUCUACGUAAGAUGUCUGCUGGAUGAAGCCGAGCAGCGUGCCAAGGCUGACAGGAUCCCAAGACCACAUGAUGACAUCACUGAUGUCCAAGCUGGGUUCCAGUCUGCAGUAGUGAGCCUUCAGGUACAGGGAGUGGGAAGUACAUCAAUUGACUCUCUUAACAGGCGUCCUAUGUCCACUGGAGAGACCCUCCAGGAGCAGCCCAACAAGCUCCCAGAUGGGGGUGUCGACGCAAGGGUGUAUCUACUGACUGAAAAAGGACUGAAGGACCUCGUGAGAGACGUUGGAAAAGGAGCUCGCAAAGAAUGCAAGAAAGGAAAACAAUCUUCGACCAUCCCCCUUCCAACUGCCUCAUGCGAUCCACCUACUGGCCAGGAAGAUUGGCCGCCCCCUUACGAAUGGGGGAAUGGAGGUCAAAGGGCAAUGACAGAGGCCAUGCUGUCCCGAGGAAACCCCACCCUGCAACAAGGUAAAAAAGAACGGAGUUGCUGGGGAUGUGAACGACAUGGACACUUUAAGCAGUCCUGCCCCGGCCGAAGACAGAAUGACACCCCAGUUAGAGUUCCAGUGAAAGAGGGCUGUGGGCAGCCACCUAGAGCAAGACAAUUUUUGUUUCAGGAACCCAGUGGUUUGAGUGAUUUGCUGUGGUGGACAGGACUAAAACAGGAAUCGCAUAGAUAUGAACUAUGCGAUGGGGGGAAGGGGGGAUAGGAAAAAUUUGAACUAUGGUCUCAGAGACAGAGGCAAUUUUAAAUUGAUAACUUAUUUGAUAGACAAGCAAAAAACACCCUAAGUAGUAACAUCUAUAAUUUUGAUAGUCUAACCCUUAGACUAUGGUAAAGCUUUUUUGUUGAAAAUGUUUUGUAGGAAGUAGGGGAGGAGAAGGAGGAAAGAACGAGCCUCGGAGAAACCAACCAGUAUCCAGCCUGGUGGCCGAGUCUCCACUAAAGGCGACCGGGGGAAAAUUCAACACCCCCGUGUAGAAACACUGCCUGAACACAGGGUCACGAGCAACGAUGACCACAACACAGU